AUGGGUUCAAUUCUAUCCACCGCGGCAGAUCGUGGACGCGAAAAGAUCACCAAUGUUUCACUGGGCAUGAUAGUCCUGGACGAGCUGCGGUUCCCGGGCAAGGAACCGCUCUAUGACGUCCCAGGAGGCUCCGGGCUGUAUAGCACUGUUGGCUCACGCAUUGUGCUGUCUGGAGCCCGAUCCAAGGAAGUCGGCUGUAUUGUGAUGGCCGGCAGGGACUUUCCGGAUGCAGUGCUCGACCUCUUUAGACGAUGGGGCCUUAACCUCCUUGUUAACAAGGACCUUAAGAGGUUAUCUACGCGUGGCCUUCUUCAGUACGAAGGCGUCGAUUUUGAUAAGAAAACCUCUAAAUACGUUAAUCCCCCCAUACAACCAACCCCCAAUGAUUUGAAGGGCUCGGCGCUAUUGGGCUCCCUCAACUUCCACUUCCUUGCCUCUCCCCGGGAUAUGGAGAAAUUUGUACCUCAACUGCUAGAGCUUCGAGCUGCUGAGGGUAUCUCCACGCGACCGCUGCUUGUAUGGGAGCCAGCGCCAUUAUCCUGCGUCGCGGGAAGUCGAGACGCCCACCUCAAAGCUGCGAAACUCGUCGACGUAUACUCGCCAAAUCACCAAGAGCUCAUUGCCACGUUUCAAUCCGAGGAAGAGAGGAACGAAGAUCCGACGCGGGAGCUCGAACUUGCAGUAAUCGAACGCUACGCCUAUGAAAUCCUGGAAUCCGGAGUCGGGCCGGAUGGCCAAGGCGUAGUUAUCAUACGUUGUGGCGCGCACGGAAGUCUCGCCGUGUCGCGGACUUACCCAGCCAGACGCUUCCCUCCAUUUCAUAGUGGAGCGUCGCCAAAAGUUGUGGACGCGACCGGCGCUGGGAAUUGCUUCCUUGGCGGAUUUACAGCCACGUAUGGAGAAUCGAGGGACUUGACUGAGGCCAUGAUUUCGGGGUCUGUGGCUGCGAGCUAUGCCGUGGAGCAGAUUGGGCCACCGAAAGUGGCGAUUGUUGACGGGGUGGAACGGUGGAAUGACGAGGAGUAUCUUUCGAGGGUUCACGUGUACCAACAACGCAUUGCCGAUAUGGAUUGA